AUGUCUGUCUCGAGAUCAACCAGGCAUAUCCCGCUGCCCCAGGACCAGCAAAUCCCGGAGUACUAUCAGAGCAUGCCAGGCCAAUGGUCUGAACUAGACACGUCCGCGUAUCCAUCCACCUUUGUCGGGGUCAACCACCCAUACUGUACCGAGCCCAUGGUUCCAUCAAGCGUUCUCACCCCGACCAGUCUUCCAGACAGCUCAUACCAAUCGAGCCCAGCACUGGGCCAGCACUCACCCCAAUGCUCGUCCCUGGAAUACCAGUACGGCGUGAACGAACCACUGCCCCAACCCCAAGGCCUGGGCAUCAAUGUAUCCUUCCCAACAGAAUUCCCCCAGAGCACAGCCCCUGCCCCGGGGUACAUGUACGCAGCAACCGAGGAGAUGGGCUACGGCAUGCACCACAUCACCCCAAGCAUGUCCCCUCACGCGCCCGCUCUCAAGCGCAUGCGAUACACGCCCCCGACGCCCUCCUCGCGCGAUGCCCCCGUCAACAUCAUGCCGCACCCACAGGGCGUGCAGCAGAUUGAACUGGAGCGCCAGCGCAGUCACGCCUCUCCGCAGCCGCAUCAACGGCCGCGAGCCCGCGGCCGUGGACGCCGUGAUCCUCAAGCUGAAGAAGAGGAUGCGUUCGUGGAGAGGCUGCGCGAGCAGAAUCUUUCCUGGCGGACUGUUCGGGAGAUGUUCCGGCGCCAAUUCAAUAAAGAUGCCUCUGAGGCCCGUCUACAGAUGCGCCUUCUGCGCCGCCGUAAAGAUCGGCUGGCGCGUUGGGAAGAGAAUGAUGUUCAACUGCUCGUCUGCGCCCAUGAGACCUGGGAAACCGAGAAAUUUAGCUUCCUUGCAGAAAAGAUGAUUGAGCUUGGCGCCAGCAAAAUGUACACCCCCGAACAGUGCAAAGCCCAGCUUCGGCUACUCGAGACCAAACAACAAUGGCGAGACAGAGGGGGUACAUCUCCCUCGGCCAUAUCUGACCCACCUCUCUCCCCUCCCAAUUCCCAGAAGUGA